UAAUAUUACUGUAGUAAUUAUAACUAAACAUUUGAAAAUAGUCAAGAAUUAAUUUCUUGUUUCUACAGUAUUUACUAUAAAAUAUAGUUGUUAUCUACAACCGUAACUGAUUACCAUAUUUUACAGACAAUUAAAUUUUGUCCUAGAGAAAAAGCUUUACCUAGUUGAUUUUAGAAACCGUUAUGAGCACAAUGGAAGAAAUUGAAGAAGAAGCAAAAGCAGCAGCAGAGAAAAUGGUGACGAAUAUGAUGCAACGACCGGGACAGUUAGAAAAAGUGGAGCAAUACAAAAGAAGAAUCACACACAAAAAAGCAUCAAUUGAAGCUCAACUAAAAUCUGCAGUUCAAGGCAAAUUAGAUGGAGUAAGUGUAGGUUUACGACAGCUGCAAGAAUGUCUGGAUGAUGUUCAACAGAUAAGUUCAAAAAUGGAUGAAUUGGAAGAACUGCUGAAAGGUGUACCACCAUUAGUAGCAUCACUACAAGCAGUACGGGAAGAAGACUGUCGUCACUCACAGUAUGUGACUGCAAUGGAUAGCUUAAAACAUAUUUUCACAGUUCCCGAAAGUGUUGCAAAAGCUAAACAAUGGAUUGGAGAAGGAAAGUUACUUCAUGCACAUCAGUGCCUUAGUGAUUUGGAAAAUUCUAGAGAUGAUUUACUAUAUGAAUUACAUCGUUUACCAAACCAGUCCUCACAUGACAAAAUUAUGUUGAAAGCAUAUUUUGAUGAUGUACAGGCAGUGUCAGAAUUACUGGAAAAACAAAUUAAACUUAUAUUGGCUAGAACAUUAAAUACUGUAAGAAAAGAACCAACAGUAAUAGUUACUGCUUUAAGGAUUAUUGAAAGAGAAGAAAAAAGGGACCAAAUGGCAUUACAGCAGCAAGAUCAGUCCGGUUUCAUGCCACCAGGCCGACCAAAAAACUGGCGAAAUAUGGCUUUUAAAGUUUUAGAAUCUGCGGUUAAUGAGCGCAUUGAAGGCACACGUGUGGAUGAAAGAGAAGAUAAUAAAUUGUGGCUUAUUCGGUAUUUAGAACUGACCCGGCAAUUAAUUUUAGAAGAUUUACGGGUCGUCAAAACUCUAUGUGUGCCUUGCUUCCCUCCGCACUAUGAUAUAGUUAACAAAUAUGUUGAUAUGUAUCAUAAUUGCCUGUCGUCGAGUUUGCAAGAUGUUGUACAGAAUGGUUUGGAAGGUAAUGAAAAUGUCACACUUUUGUCGUGGAUUUUAAACACAUACCCAGGGUCAGAGUUAAUGGGAAGUACUGAGUUAAAUAUUGAUGUAUUAACAUUAAAGCCAUUACUGUCGAAGGAAAUAAUGCAGAAGUUAGAAGAUGAUUAUCUUCAGAAAAUGGAGUUGAACUACCGAGAGUGGAUGGACAAGACUUUUGAAGCGGAACGCGCGGAGUGGGGAGGCGAGCGUUCCCCGGAAGUGGAACCCCACACAUCCGCCUUCCACACACACGCGCCGGUCAUCAUAUUCCAAAUGAUUGAUCAAAACUUGCAGGUUACAGAGACGAUCACUAAAGACAUUACUUUCAAAGCUCUCUUACUGAGUAUUGAUCAAGUGACUCGCUUCGGUAACAUGUACAGGGAAGGUGUUAUACAAUUUAAGAAUACGCAUUUCGCGGACCGUUCCCGCGUUGUGUACUUCACGCAUCACAUGAUAACAAUCGUCAACAAUAGCGAGCAAAUGGUUCGACUCGCCCAACAGACGCAAGCCCGACAUUGGCCACCCGGAAGACAUGAUCCCGCCGCAGAAGACAAAUUCAAUAAGAUGCUGGCCACCUUUCAGAAUUUGCGGGAUGAAGCAGCAAAAUUCUUGCUCGAAGAAGCGUUUUUAGAUUUAGAGGAACACUUUAAUGAUCUUUUUACCGCUAAGUGGCUAUCUACAACAAUACCAGUAGACACUAUAUGCGUAACAUUGCAAGAUUAUUUUCUGGAUUACAACCAUUUGAGAGAGAAAAAUUUUGACUACGUAAUAAAUGAAGCUCAGAACUUGGUUUAUCGAAAGUAUAUAACGGCCAUGUUGUCUAAGAAGGUGACCUUUAAGAGCGUGGAAGAGGCUCAACAGGCUGCGACGAAAAUUGUGAAAGAGGCGAACCAAAUCCGCGCGUUCUUCAAGAAGAUCAAAGCACAGGCCAUCGCAGCAGAAGGCAUCAAUGUGGACUGGCCCUUUGAGGUUAUCUCCACAUUAGCUGAGGUACUACGGUGUCAAGACAUCGAAAUGCUGUCUUUAGACUUACACGGUGUAGUUGACAAAUGUCCAGAAGUUACUGAAGAGCAUUUAGCCCGACUUGUGUCCCUCCGAGGAGAUGUUCCGCGUGCCAACAUUAGGGACACAGUUGCACAUGUGUGUGCUACUAAGAGACCCACGCGCCCUUCCACCAACCCACCGCUUUUUAAAAAUAUAACCUUCAAUGAUAGGCUUCUUUCACACUUUACGCUGUAGUAUAGCAAUUUUAAUUGAGUUUAUUCUGAAGGCUCUGGGAGCACGUGAUUUCUAUAUUCUAAAUGGUAAUUGUAAUUUUGUUCUACGAAUCGUAAUGUUGCGAUUGUAAAGAAUUUACUAUGAUUGUAGUAAAGUCUAUGAUUCGUAGCAUCACAACAGUUAUUUUGGUAUAGAACCUUCCAGUUUAUAACCUUUGCUGCUCGGAAAAUCAGGAGUCCAGAUAUAAAUAAAUCUAUAUAGUAUAUACUGUUAUAAUAUAAAAUUUAUCAUUAAUUUAGUAUUCAUAAAAAGUGAUAACUUUAAUUGGCUCUUUUAAACCAAAAAUCAUACAAUAAAUAUUUUAUUAUCUUAAUAUUUAAUUAAUUCUACGAUGAAAAGGAUUCAUUUUACUUGUCUUAGUUAUGUUAAGCAAAUUAUUGUAUUGAUAAAAAUAUUUAUUAAAUAUCAAAUGCAAAUAUAAAGAUGCUAGUGU